AUGUGCCGAGCCGCUGAAUCCCUAGCCACUGCGGCGAGAAACGUCCCGGAGCGUGAUCUUCUCCCCGCUAACGUCAUUCCACGCCACUACCAAUUGGAACUUGAGCCUGACUUUGACAAGUUUACUUUCAACGGUAAAGUUGUGAUUGAUCUCGACGUUGCUGAGGAGUCCAAUUAUAUUACCCUCCAUAGCUUGGAAAUUAGCAUUCUUGGCGCAAAAGUUACCUCUGAGGACAAAGAGUUUGGCGAAGACAUCAAAGUGACUCAAGAUGAAGCUCGUCAGACGACCACCGUUUCCUUUGCUGAGAAGCUCAGCGAGGGUAGCAAGGCGCAGCUCGAGUUGACUUUCCUCGGCCAGCUCAACAACAAGAUGGUCGGAUUUUACCGUUCCGGCUAUGCUAAGACCGAUGGCACCAAGGGUUUUAUCGCGACAACGCAAAUGGAACCCACUGGUGCCAGACAGGCAUUCCCCUGCUUUGAUGAGCCGGCACUCAAGGCAGCAUUUGACAUCACUCUCGUUGCAGAAAAGCAUCUGACCUGUCUGAGCAAUAUGCCGGUCAAAUCUGAGGCCGAAGUGUACAGUAGCAUCUCGAAUGGUACUCGAAAGGCUGUAAAAUUCGACACUUCCCCUACCAUGUCAACGUAUCUCACCGCAUUCAUCAUUGGUGAGCUUAACUAUGUCGAAUCCAACCUCUUCCGCAUUCCGGUCCGCACCUAUGUUACGAUUGACCAGAAUGUCGAGUACGGCCGCCAUGCUGCUGAUCUCGGAGCGCGCACUCUUGAGCUUUUCGAGAAGGAAUUUGGAGUCGAGUUUCCUUUGCCCAAGAUGGAUCAAAUCGCUGUCCUUGAUUUCGCAGAGGGUGCCAUGGAGAACUGGGGACUAAUCACGUAUCGGGCUGUUGAUUUGCUUGUCGAAGACAAUGCCGGCGCUGGUCGCAAACGCCGCGUUACCGACAUUGUUCUUCACGAACUUGCUCACCAGUGGUUUGGAAACUUGGUUACCAUGGAGUGGUGGGAAGGCCUUUGGCUUAAGGAAGGAUUCGCCACGUGGGCUUCGCUGUACGGUGCCAACGUAUUCUAUCCUGAGUGGAAUAUCUGGGCCGAUUUCGUCAUUAGCUCACUUCAAGAUGCCCUGCACCUGGAUUCCCUCAGGAGCAGUCACCCCAUUGAGGUUCCGGUCAAGAGCGCCAACGAGAUCAACCAGAUUUUUGACGCCAUCUCAUAUGAGAAGGGAUGCUCUGUUCUCCGCAUGAUUUCGGUACACAUUGGAGAAGAUGUGUUUCUGAAGGGUAUCAGAGACUAUUUGAAGAAAUUUGCUUACAAAAAUACCACAACCGAUGAUCUGUGGAACUGCUUGAGCGAAGCGAGCGGCAAGCCAGUGACCGAAGUCAUCGCCCCGUGGACGCGAGAAAUAGGGUAUCCUGUCUUGUCCGUCUCGGAGGACUCUGCCACCAAGAAGAUUACAGUCCAGCAGAACCGUUUUCUUCGGACUGGCGAUGUCACCGCCGAAGAUGACAAAAUUCUUUAUCCUGUCAUUCUCGGCCUCCGCACGGAAGCCGGUGUUGACCGCACUACGGUGAUGACAGGGCGGGAGACUACUCUGAGUGUUUCUGCUGGCAGCUUCUUCAAGCUCAAUGCCGAUCAUCCUUCAGUCUACAGAACAUUGUACUCGCCCGAAAUUCUAGCUCGCCUUGCCGAGGCGGCACGCGCCGGAACUCUGAGCAUCGCAGACAGAACCGGUUUAGUCGCGGACGCCGCGGCCUUGACUGCGGCUGGCUACAUGAAGACGUCUACUUUCCUCACGCUAGCGCAGAGCCUCAAGGAUGAGACCUCUUUCUUUGUGUGGAAGGAACUCCUUGUGGGCCUCGGUGCGAUGUCAACGGCGUGGAUGUUCCAGGAUGAAGCAGUCACGGAGGGCCUCAAAGCCUUUAGAAAGGAGCUUGUUACCCCCAUUGUUCGUAAGCUUGGGUACGAAAUACACGAGGCAGAUGGUCAUGUUGAUCAGCAGCUGAAGGACAUGAUAAUGAGAUCCGCUGCCAUGUGUGGCGACGAGGAGACAAUCAAGGCCGCACAGAAUGCUUUCGAGAAGAGCCUGAAAGGAGAGCUGUCUGCACUCCACCCAACCCUGAGAACAACGGUGUACGCAAUUACGUCUCGAUAUGGUGGUGAGGUUGAGAUGAACCAACUUCUAGACCGUUACCGAACAUCAAGUGUUUCCGAUGAGCGCAUCUCCGCACUCAGGGGAUGCGGCUUUUCCAACGAUCCUCAGGUCAUCAAACAGGUGCUCGCCGCCAUGGAUAACAGCGAAGCUAUUAAGGAUCAGGAUGUGUAUAUCCCGAUCGGGGGUAUCCGUAGCAGCCGCACAGGCGCGGACGCGGCAUGGAAGCACUUUCUCGCUAACUGGGAUACGUUCUAUGAGCGCUUCCCGCCCGGGCUUUCCAUGCUCAAGAACCUCGUCAAGUUCUUUUGCGAAGGCAUGGGAACGCCGGAGCAACUGUCCCAGUUUAAGGCCUUCUUCGAGGGCAAGGACAUCCGCGGUGUGGACAACUCUGUCCGCCAAGUGAUUGACUCGGUGCAGGCGAAGUUGUCUUGGGUCGAGAGGGACUCUGACGAUGUCGUGGCUUGGCUUAAGGGCAAUGGCUACAUGCAUGUUGUCGUGGUAGGCCGCGCUCUGGCAUCGCCCUCAGAGGCAACUUUUGCGCCAAGAAUGCUAGUUAUAGAUUUCAACAAAGCAGGCGGUGCUGCUCCAAGUAGCGCCGGGGCCGCCAGCAGGGGCAUCCGAACAGACACGACGGCCACAGAAAAUACGUGUCGUGAUCAGAAGAACCCCGUAAAGGUCGGCGGCUUUUCUAGCGCUGUACCUGUACCUAAUCGGGCAGCCAGCCAGGUGAGCCGCUACCGUGAGUGGAACGUUUCUGGUUUGAUGUCCAGUGUCAGCGCAUCGCCCAACAAGGCUGCGAGGAGCGACGUGCUCCAGGGAGAUCCAGCGGCAGCAACCACUUUGCCGAUGAUCCGUCACAGAAAACGGAACACAGAGUACCUACGUACAGAUGACAGCAAUAGCAAGUAA